GGCUGCCCUCACUGUGCCUGACAGCUGGGCUGUGACUAGGACCCCAGAGAGAGGCUGCCCUCACUGUGCCUGAUAGCUGGGCUGUGACUAGGACCCCAGAGAGAGGCUGCCCUCACUGUGCCUGACAGCUGGGCUGUGACUAGGACCCGGGGAGGAGGCUGCCCUCACUGUGCCUGACAGCUGGGCUGUGACUAGGACCCGGGGGGGAGGCUGCCCUCACUGUGCCUGACAGCUGGGCUGUGCUAGGACCCCAGAGAGGCUGCCCUCACUGUGCCUGACAGCUUACAUGCUCAGUACGUCAUCAUGACGCGCCAGUGUCUAGCCAGGAGUGGUGUCGCCAUAUUUUUGCGUCACUGACUGGCCCCGCCCCUUUAGCAGGAGCACAGCUCUGACUGCAGCUUCAGGAGAAGGAGAGACCUGGGAGCCACAUUACCAGACCCAGCCUAGCCCAGCCCAGCUGCCAUAGCAUUAACAUGUAACAUAUACACUGUAUCCAGACUCUCCACCUGAAACCAGAACCACAGCAAACAGAACCUGAACCAGGCUUAGAGGGACCCAGGCAGCAGCACAAACAGAACCAGGCUCAGAGGGACCCAGGCAGCAGCACAAACAGAACCAGGCUCAGGGGGACCCAGGCAGCAGCACAACCACAAACAGAACCGGACCCAGGCUCAGAGGGACCCAGGCUCAGAGGGGCACAAACAGAACCGGGCUCAGAGUGACCCUGGCAGCAGCACAACCACAAACAGAACCAGAGGGACCCAGGCAGCAGCCCCAGCAAUCUGCCAGCAUGUAUUACUGCAAUGGAGAUAACUGCAACCAGACUGACAAUGCCAAGGUAUUCACUGUCUAUUUAUAAUACUUCCUGUAAUACACUGUGAUUUAUUAUAAACUAUAGCAGUCUUAGACAGCACCAAUAUAAUGUACCAAGCACAUACACUGGGUUAUUCAACAGUGUUAACUGUCAGGACUUGGAUUUUCUAAUUCUAAUGCCAAAAUUAGGGGUUAGAAAUAUUAAGGGGCUCAUUCACUAAGGAGCGGAUUGUAGUUAGUUUUAUAAUGAAUUGCAUGGUUAAGGCUGAAACAAGCAAGCUGGAAAUCUUUCCUGGUCUGCUUUUGUGGCCUCAGUUUUGCGUUCACGACAGUUCACUGUUUUUAAUAAAUAAACCACUGCAUGGGCUAAAAUGCAAAAUUCACUUUAAAUUCCAAGCAAUUCACACUUUAGUGAAUAAGUCUGAUAAUCUGUUUCACGCUGUUUAAAGACAACAUUUGGGCACCAUAGCAACUUCAUCGGUAUGAAGUUAUGGUACGAAGAGGUUGCUGGUAUGUGCUUUCCUGUAGAUGUUAACCCCAAAGUCUUUAACCCCCCCCCCCCCCAGCUUUUAGCUCUGCUCCUCUCCUUCUACUUCUUUUAAUAGGGAGUGUCGGCACCCCGUUUAUAAAAAGGACUUGAGAAAAAAUGGUACAAUACUCAAGCUGUUUUGUGAAUGAUGAGCUACUGAUUGGCUUAGGGUUCUCAGCCAAUUUGCAGUGCAUCCCUAUCCGAGUCUUUUUGUUUAAAGAAUCAGAGAGAAGUGAAAGGUCAGGGUCAUUGUGCUGGAUAAACAACUUUGGGGUUAAAUUGUUUUAUUUUGAAGAAAUGAAAGCUAAUAAAUUAAAAAUCAGCAGCAUUCGCAGAAUUCUGCACUUUGAUCAACACUGCAUAUAUAUCCAAAUCUAAUCUUCUGUUGUUACUUGUAAUUCAAGUUUACCAAAUCAGGGUUCAGAUGCAAAGUUCAGAAUAUAAAUGCUAUUCUUUCAUCCACACUCAUAACAUGAGAAUUCAAUCACCUAUACUAUCUUGCUCAAUUAAUAAGGAAUUGCAAGUUUUCUCUCUGAUUGGAACAAUUAUGUAGUUCUGGUAUAAAACGUGCAGAUUCUUUUUCCAUUAUCCACGAUUCAAAGCUUAGAGCAGGGGUGCACAAAAGAUGUAGAUCCUCAGAUGUUGUAGAACUACAACUCCUACGAUGCUUUGCAUCACGGAAGCCGUGGUUUUAAAACAUUGGGGAUCUACCUUUUGGGCACCCCUGGCUUAGAGAAUAGCUCCACUGGUGAUGCUUAUUAGUGAUAUUCCCACUAGCUUCAAGGCUGUUUUAUGUGGUGUUCUAAAGUGAAUGGUUAACAUGACAGUAUGAUGAAAAAAAUCUUCAGAUCCCUGCUCACAUUAUUGAUAGUACCAUGAUGAACCACGUGUUUGGGAAAACGUCCUUGUGACUUUGUAACUUACAAGUAACCGAUUGGUGAGGGCAAAAAGUUACAAUGAACAGAGGUCUUGUCUCCACAUUCAGCAUUUUUUUCCUGAACCAAAUUUGUGCAGUAUCCCACAACUCUUUAUUGUAAUCUUAAAAUUGUGCUUGAAAAGUGACAGUAAUUUGACAUUUUGAUUAUAGGAUAAGGGGCAUCCAAGGAACUUGAUCCCAGAGUUAUGCAGACAGUUCUACCAUUUGGGUUGGGUGACAGGAACUGGAGGAGGUAUCAGUCUGAAGUAUGGGUGAGUUAUCUAUUGUAUCUAUAUAAAUCUUUCAAUAAAUAAGCAGUGUCGAAAUUGGAUUACUGACUUUUUUGUAUUAAGGUAACAGAAGUCCUGACAUAUUUGUGUUUGUCAAGUACUCUUCUGUUAAAGAUGAACUGUCCACUAUCUCAGUUUAUUUGGGACUGCACAGGCAGUUAUAACAGAUUUAAGUGUUUGAGGUCCGCUGAUCACUUGGUCACAACUAGGCUCUGUUUAGAUGGCGAUAUCUAUCUACUUUCCUCUCUGUUUUUAUAGUACCGUUGAGGCUCCAAGUUAGCCUAUUCAUGCUAUUUUAGUUGAGGAAAUCUAACCUUAUUUACAGGUGGCUCUGUCUGUAAAUAGUUAGAGACAUGCUGGUGUACAAAGCAUGUUGCACAGUGUUACACUGUUCCUUUUUCUGCAUAUAAUGUUCCCUUUUCUGCAUAUAGCUUUUUUGUAUUUAUCAUUUUAGGGAGUUUUUAUUUGGUUUUAUGUUUAUCAAGUAUUUCUUUGGGUAGUUUUCCAAAUGAUCUAUUUGUCUUGACGAAACUUCUUGUAGGUGCAUAGAUUAACCCCUUAAGGACCAAACUUCUGGAAUAAAAGGGAAUCAUGACAUGUCACACGUCAUGUGUCUUUAAGGGGUUAAACAAUACCUGUGGUUCAAGCUGUAUAAAAUAAUUUUCUUUUGGUUAGAUGUUUUCUUAAAUACUAGGGUUUUAUUACUGUCAUAAAUUAUAACUUGGGUAUAUGAAAUGUGGCAGUCAUAUCCGAAAACACCAAAAUUAUAACUCCCUCCCCCCUCUGUGUAUACGUCAUGGCAUCUGCAUAAAUACAUAUUACAUGACAUUAAAGCUUUGGGGCUUACCACAUUUUUAAUUUUCCAUCAAAGAAGUAUUAUAAAGGUAAACAUGCAAGCAACAAAAAAUUAUAAUGUACAAAGGAGAAUGAAAGAUCCAUUUAAACUAUAAAGGGCCUUUUCAAUGUGUUGGAGCCUGAAGGUGUCAAACUAGAAUUGCUUGUUUUGUUCCCCAGUCAGUUCAGAGAGUGGGCUGGACAUACUUUGUCAUUUCGGUAAUGAUCAAAGUAGCAGUCCCAGAUGUGUAAGGAGAAUGUGACAAAACAGAUCGGGACAGCCUUACAGGCUACAGGCAACCUCUGGCACACUUUCUGUGGAACCUCGAAUUUUUCAGUGAAACCAGGCAAACGACUGUCAGUAUUCCUCCGGCCUCAUAAUAGGGAAACUAUUCUGGUUUCUAUUCAUGACUGGCUUAUAGAACAAAUAUAUACAAGGACCACUAUUUGCUUCCUGAUCUUUAUUGUACAUUUCUUAUAUAUAAUCCCCAUUAUCUACGCAGAGUCUUGGCAUUGCACCAUGUUCGCUCAAAGUAAAAUUGAUACUGUUAUAAACUCCAUAUUAAAGUGUAUCAUCUCUGCCAACUUAGGUCUCAUUUUAAUAUUGUUUGAAAAGCAUUUCUGGUUUAUUAUAUAUUGGAUAAGCUUUUUAAAUUAUUUAAUAUUCUGCAAAAUAUUUUAAUGUCAUAUUUUGAUAUAUAUAUAUAUAUAUAUCAAAAUAUGACAUUAAAUAUAUAUAUAUAUAUUAGUGAUGUCGCGAACGGUUCGCCGCGGACUCAUCAUUGAGUAAACUUUGACCCUGUACCUCACAGUCAGCAGACACAUUCCAGCCAAUCAGCAGCAGACCCUCCCUCCCAGACCCUCCCACCUCCUGGACAGCUCACUAAGAAUGCAGCUUCACAAUGAAUGUAAAAUGGAUGCUGUCCAGGAGGUGGGAGGGAGGGUCUGCUGCUGAUUGGCUGGAAUGUGUCUGCUGACUGUGAGGUACAGGGUCAAAGUUUACUCAAUGAUGAGUCCGCGGCGAACCGUUCGUGACAUCACUAUAUAUGAUAUAUUUUAUUUCAUAUUUACAUUUUUUUUUUUUUAAAGAUUAUCCAAAAAUAUGAAAUAAUGUAAAAAGCAAAUACCAGAAAUAUUAAAUCAAUGCCUUAUUCAGGUCAAAUUAGGUUAGCACCUAUUUAUGUUUGACAGAUUUGUGGACCCUUUAGGCAGGAAGCUAUUGAGGUCCAGCACUGGAACAGUUUGUAUGUGCAUUCUGUAACUGUUUCACUAGAGGUCACUACACAUUAAGUUUAAAACAUUCUUUGAACUGAGCAGUUAUUCAUUGGCAUUCAUAUAAGUAUUUUAUUUAAUAUGUGACAGUGUAUUAUGAGCUAGAUAUAUGGGAUGACUAGGCAUCUUGUGAUUUCGUAGUUUUGCAACAAGUAAAUGCUAACAUGUUGACUACUUCUGAUCUAUAAUGUAAUUAAUCUGAAUUUGUACCCCUGAUCCAAAGUGUAGCCGUUCAGGAACAGAAUGUAGAAUGUUGCUACAAUCACAAUAGUUUACAGUCUAAUAGUAACUUUUUGAAUAAGAGUUCUGAAGAUAAUAAUGGUUGCAUUCUAUGGGAUAAGUGUAUACUAUGUUUCUUACUCAUGGUUGCAUUCUAUGGGAUAAGUGUAUACUAUGUUUCUUACUCAUAGGGUUUUCAUUUGGAUGUUUAUUACCAUAGAUCUAGACAAUUUAGUCACUAAAAUGGGAAAUGUGGAGAUUUCACAGGAGAAUUACAGAUGGAAAGUCAAAUUUGCCACCAAGUUAGAUUAAAUGGAAUGUCCACCAUAACUGUUUUUGAGCUCUCUCUUCUGGUCUGCAGUUAGCGGUUUCCUUGUCAGUUCUCCUCUAUUCAUAGUUUAGUGAAUUUAUAUUUCUAAUUAUGUAAUCUGAUUAUUCUAAUUUGUUUGGUUAUCUUUUCUUUUCCCCCACCCAUGUUUGCCAGGGACGAGAUUUAUAUUGCACCUUCUGGGGUCCAAAAAGAAAGAAUUCAGGUACGGAAUUAAUGGUUUCAAGAUAUUACUUCUUAAAGGGAAACUAUAGUCACCAAAACAACAUUUGCGUAAUGAAGCUGCUUUUGGUGUAUACAUCAUACUCCUACAGUCUCACUGCUCAAUUCUCUGCCAUUUAGGAGGUAAAUCACUUUUGUUUCUGUCCGUCCAGCCUAGCGACACUUCCCUAACCUCCCCUGACUGUGACUCACACAGCCUGAAUGAAAAAAAGUGGUUUCAAUUUCAAUCAGAUGUCAUUUACUUUAAAAGUUUUUUAAUAUAAAAAAAUCAGGGUGCCUUACCUAUCAAUCCACACACACAGACCGCUGUUCCCACUGCUAAAAACCAUGAGAGGGUGCUGCACCCGACUCUACCUUUCUUGGGAGUCUAAGACGCUGGUUUGCUACACUUGAGGCUUGCGGCCUACACGAGGCUGAGUCACGGGGAAGCGGCUGAUCCCCGGGCUCAUAAGCUAUAGCUGAGACCCCUGCAAAUCACUCUCUGUUGUAAAAUUGUGCCUGUCUAAUCCACUACCCCACUUGUCUUAUAUGUUGUUACACUGGAGGAUUGCCGUCGGGGCAACUAAAGCACAUUUGUACCAUUCAUAUGCUCAGCAAAAAAAAUUGAAAAAGUGUUUAUAUCUUGCUCUGCAGGUUCUAGCAAGCUAUUAACAGCACAGGAGAUUCAAAUUUCAGUUAAACAGAAUUUGCAAUAAAGGAAGUGUAAACAUUAGAUCUCUCUUUACAGGAAGUCUUUAGGAAGGCUGUGCAAGUCGCAUGCAAAAGAUGUGUGACCAGGGCUGUAUAAACAAACUGAUUUAACUCCUAAAUGGCAGAUAAAUGAGCAGUAGGAUUGCAGUGGCAUGAUCUACAGUAUAAACCAAAACUGCCUAAUUCAGCUAAAGUUGUUUUGGUGACUAUAGUGAGUGUCCCUUUAAGGUUUUGUUUGAGACAAGAGUAAAAGACUGUUAUUUAAGUAUUAAAAACAAUAUUUGCGGGAGACCCUGACCGGACUCCCACAACUGCCGCCACCACCACCACCACUCUGUUUACUCUCAUCUCUCUAAAACUUUGCUGUGGAUCGAUGGAUGGGCAGAAAGGGGGGGGGGUAUAUCUACAUUGUAAUGUUGUGGGUUUUUUAUUUUUUUUAUAUAUAUAUAUAUAUAUAUAUAUAUAUAUAUAUAUAUUCCUUUUAGGCUUUCAGGUUAUGGUGCCUGGAAUUAAAAAAAAAAAGGGGAAUAAAACCCAUUAAAUGUUCUUUUAUUCUCUUCCAUCAGUGGCAUAGUCUCAUCACUGUGGUCCGAUCAUAUUUUGGUGACGGCAUCAGGACUUAUGACUUUGGUACAAUCAGCUGUAUCUCAUAGAGAAGCAUUGAGGACACAUGGCACAUGAACAGCUAUUGCCAUGCUCUGCUCAUCCAAUUCCUCUCCAUGAUUGAAGAAUUAAAUACAUAUUAUGUCCUACUUUUGCCAGUGAUCAUAUCUUGUUAGAAACUAUAAAUAAUUUUUAUGCUAAAUAUUUUGUUUUUCCCACAGCCUGAUGAUUUGUUUAUUUGUGACAUUGAUGAAAGAGACAUCAGCUGUCCUCCUCCAUAUAAAAAUCUGAAGAAAAGCCAGUGCACACCGCUUUUCAUGAAUGCUUAUACCAUGAGAGGUACAUGUCCUUUCUAAUCACUGAGACUGCAUUACUGAACAUGCAACCAAUGUAGAAAUAAUAUGCACAUUCGUAAUUAAUGAACAUUUAACAGUUUGUUUGUUUUUUGGAACUAACCAUCUACCAAGCGUUGUGAUACUGAUUGAUCCUUAUACGUACAAGCUUUGUAUAUAUGGUAAAAAAAAUUAUUUGUAUUUAAAUAAAUACAUAUCUAUAUUUUUGUACUACUUUACUGCUUAUACAGUGUAUUGCAAGCAUGCGCAUAAUACCCAUCAGGGGUGAAUUUCUACUUGCCAGGGCUAAAUUUGUCCUUGCAAGUGGAAAUUUUGAGCGCUAUACAUCACAUUAUACAUGCCGUUAGCAUUUGGACAUUUGUUUAUGGUCUGCACAUUUUUAUUUAAAGGAACACUAUAGUCACCAGAACAACUGCAGCUAAAUUUAAUGGUUCUGGUGUCUACUGCCUGGCCCUGCAUGCUUUUUAAUAUAAACACUGCAUAUUCAGAGAAAAGGCAGUGUUUAGUUUGAGUGACUGCCACAGGAGGGGUCCCUAGGCAGCAGAUGGCCACUAGAGGUGCUUCCUGGGUCAGUGCUGCAUAUUUUUGACAUGUUAUGUGAGUGUUUGCAGCUGCAAACAAUCUGCACAAUAUAAUAGUUCUCAUCUUUCCAGGGGCUGGUGCUGUGAUACACACUCACUCGAAGGCAGCGGUUAUGGCUACAUUGCUUUUCCCAGGAAAGGAAUUCCGGAUUACACACCAGGAAAUGAUUAAAGGGAUUAAGAAAUCCACUUCUGGGGGCUAUUACAGGUACGACCCAAUCUCUUUCUAGCUGUGUACUUUUCCAAAAUGUUCAUAAUUGAUAUCUGCAUAGAACGUCCUUUGUAUAGUCUUGGUAAUAAUACUAGCACAGUAGCACUGUCUUUGUUGGGGUCUACACACCCAAAAUGAGGAGAUCUGCACUUACUUUCUCGAUGCUCUGCUCAUCCACAUUUUUGUUCUGCUGUCCCUUUGUCUCCUGGUGGCUUUAUUUGCUAGAAGCUACAUCACUGGUGCACUCUCUCAGGUGUGGGAGAAGACAAAAACGGUGAUCGAUUCUAUGGCUCUUUGAUCAGUUAGACACAUGUACACCCGUUAGUCGUCUGGAGGGACAACUGAGGGGAAAUGGCAAGAUGCAGCAGAUGGAAGAUACUUGAUCCCCUGCUUUCUCCCAUCUCCCCAAAGAUUGGCCUCUUCAUACCAUAUAAUGAUCCUGACUUCCUCAUGAUCCCUUUUAUUCACAUUGAAAUCUCAGUGAAAUUGUAUCUGUUUGUUUUAUUUUUAUAAUUUUGGGUUAUAUGUAUGCUUGUUUAUAUUUUUGUGGACAUAUGAAGAACAUUCUAAUAAUCCUGAUUUUAAAUUAUUUCUGCCAGAUAUGAUGAUUUGUUAGUGGUACCCAUUGUGGAGAACACUCCAGAAGAGAAAGACCUGAAAGAUCGUAUGGCACGAGCAAUGAUCGAAUAUCCCGACUCCAGUGCUGUUCUUGUACGCCGCCACGGGGUCUAUGUCUGGGGAGACACCUGGGAGAAAGCAAAAACAAUGUAAGCAUUUUCAUAGUGGGUACUACACUAUUUCUUAAUGUUUACAUAGAUUAAAAUAAAAUAAGAUGAUUAUCACCUCAAAGCAACACAAUCAAAAAUUUAAUAAUAUAUCUAAAUUAAAGGUACCUAUGGAAGCUGAAUUACUCUGCAAAAUUGGUGUUUAUUUUUGUGUAUGGAUGAUUCACUGUAAAAACUUUCCGUUAUUAGAUUGUAAUUUACCAUCAAAACCUGUGUGUUUGUUUUGAAUUCUAGUUUAUUGAUUAUUUUUUUUUUAAGAUUAUGUAUAAAAAAGAUUAAAAAAAGAGGCUUAUUGCAAAGUAAUGCCAAAAACAAGGACAUUUAUGAUGAAAAAUUGAUCCAAAGAUGAACCUUAAAGCGACACUAAAGACAUCCAGAUAAGUUUAUCUCAAAGAGGUGCUCUGGGUGCAGUGUGCCUCUUUAAAAUUAGCAAUGUAAACAAACACCAGUGGCACUUUUAGUGCACUGACGAACUCUGUCACGUGAUGCGGAAGCUCAUAGAAAAGCCUUAAUUACAAUGCUUUCCUAUGGGGAAGCUCGCAUGUACAUCUGGUCCACAAUGCUACUCUUUGUAGAUCAUUAGAUUGGACCAUGUCCAGAGAAUACCAUGCCUCAUCGAUGAUGUCACAGGAGGUGAGUAGCGCAGAGGGAGCCUUAUUGUAAGAGCUCUUACAACAGGUUUAUCAAAUACACUUAAGUUCAUUUAGCACUAGCAUUAUUUAAUUUGAUUCCUAUGUUAAAAUUCGUGUAGGAUCCACCAAUAUUGGAGUACUGUGGCGUAGUGUCAGGCUGAACACGAUAUGACUAUAUCGUGGAAUUUAAUCCACAUUUGUUUGCUGUGAUAGGUGAUGUAGAUCUGUAUGUUUGUGUGCGAUGUUACUGUAAAUUGACCAUGUAAAGUCAGAAUACAGUGUAUAUGAAUAAACUUCAUCACAUCGAUCAGCCUGUAAAGAAAUGGUUAUGCUGCCAUUUCCCGUAAUCUCAAUCUCCCCUUUCUCUCUUCAAGGUGUGAGUGCUAUGACUACCUGUUUGAUAUCGCUGUGGAAAUGAAACAACAUGGCCUGGACCCUUCAGCUCUCCCUGGUGAAGAAAAAGGAAUAGUUUAAUGCCUUCAACCUUGAUCAAAGCAAUUUUACCAUGAUACGUAAUCCUUGAGCUAACAGAACUUUUGUACAGAGGAGUGAGAAAAAUUUCACUCUCUGCAUAUUUGUUAGCCGUCUCUCCUCAUUCAUCCAUCGGUGAUAUCCUCAUUGGUUUUAUGCUCUCCGUAUUAAUGAUCUAAACACGUACAGACCCGUUGAUGUAGCACUAUUGGUCGGUUAUUAACAAACUAUGCGCACAUAGUUGAGUCCCUCAAAUGCUUAUAAUUAUAAUUUUUUUAAUUUUUUAUUUUUUAUUUGUAAGUAGAGAUCAGAUUGUCAUAAAUGCUGUGAUACGUUUCCUUGGGUAGACUUUUACAAUAGCUAUCUAAGGCAGUAUGGGGAAAACAUACCCGUUCUGCAUUAUCUGUUGCUCAGCUUCCUAUAACAUGAUCUACCUCAAGCUGGGGGAUUCUUACAGUGUUCUUUAAAUUCAGCACAUAUUUAAGUGAAGUACAUAGCACAGUGCACCCCAUGUUUGAGGAUUAUGCUAGACUCGUAUGUCUGCAACAGUUUUAGCAACCUAAUGAGCUGGAAUAUGGCUAAAUCAGAAUGUGCAGUUAAACAGAAUUAUAGUGUUUGACUCUUAGAUUUUCAUAUGACCAUUUGUCUUUUCUGCCGAAAAAUACAAAUGCCUUAUUGGCCAAAAAUAUGCCAACCACUAGGGUUUUGAGCAGCAAAAUUAAGCACAAUAUGACUAAUGCUGAGCAUUUAUAUAUUGACGAAGCUGGCGAUUGAUUUACUGCCCUGUUGUCUUGGAAUAAUCAUUGGUGUUGUACACUUUUUAGCAGUGUGAUGUUGUUGAAUGCAUGAUGGGUUGAAUUAUCUUAAUAUAUAAUUAUCUGUUGUCUCCUAUUGUUAUUAAACAAAACAUCACAAAUCACUACCUUUUGUCUUCUAGCGUUUUUUUGCACCUUGAUACGGUUAAAUGAGGCACCCUAGGUACAUUUGAAAGCAG